CUGCGGGCUCUGCGGCUUCAACAGGCGCUUUGCUUCAGUCGCUGUUAUUUUAAAAUCCGUCACGCUGAGACGCUACGCAUCUGAUCAAGACAGUUACAGUCAACAGCUUCAUGCCAAGCUCAUCGGCGCCCUCCUCACACCAGACCCUCAAUGCAUUCGCACUUGUCGCCUGGAUAAUGGCUAUACCAAGACUUCGAAUACUCAUUUCUGGCCAACUCUGGCUCGAUAGAUCUCUCCUUUUUCAAGCUGCUCCGUUUCAUCUUUCUCGACAUCUUACUCGGUUCCAGCACUACAUUGGGCUUCGCUCCACCUGCGGCGCUAUGUUCUGCCUCUGCUCUGCUAUAAAAGCAGGCUGGGGGUGCAUACCAUCCUCAACAAUCUCAAGCAUACACACCUUUCACUCACCCGCAAGAUCCCAUUCGACAUGUCUUUCACCCCCAAGCCCUUGGUUGAGAAGCUGCCUCUCGCCGUGCGCAAAGACGUCCGCGACAAGUUCGACGGCAACAAAGCCGACUUUGAGGAACAGAUAUCCAAGCUGCUCGGGAUCUCCAAGUUUACGCUGGCUUACAAUCCCAAUCUGCUCGCUGCUUACGUCAAGGACCUCGAUCGGACUUCCCUGGGCAACAUGAUGAACGAAUACAGCAAAGGGUUCAUCUAUCUGCUGAAGCAUUUCAUCGACAGCUACGGCGAAGACGGCAAAGCCCAUUUCAAUGCUGCGGUAUCCAAGGCCGAACUGACCGUGAAUGUCAACGAAGUUGGUGACAGCGCACCUACUAUCGCUGGUGAUGUCCAAGAUGGUGUCUUCCGGCUGCUGUUCCACCCUGCCCGAGUGGGCUACGACAUCACGUCUCAAGAGGAGGUCAUCUUGCCUGCAAUCGAGGCCGCAGCUACCGGCGGCUUCGCACUCGAGGUGAAGAACUCGAUCAAAAAGUUCUACAGCCCAGGCAUCGACGCUGUGCGCACGGAGAUCGAGGAACUGACCGGGAUUUCGGGUGUCAUCCUCGACCCCAACUUUGAGGAGAACUACGAGGCUCUGUCGUCACUUCCGAAAGCAAAGUGGCACUUCAACUUUGGCAAAGUUCACUUUGAGUACUUCGAUGGUUUGAAGUCACAACUUCUGAAACAGGGAUUCAAGAAGGACGAAAUGCUCCAGGAGGGACUCCAAGAAGCUCUUCCCUCCAAGACAUUCAAAAUUCGCGUCGUGGAGCAGACCACCAACGACAAGACGAACCAGAUCGUCAUUGAAAAUGGCGUGGCUUACCUCCAGGCAAGUCAGAUGCGUUGUAGUCUGCGCAUGAAUCUCACCGCUUGCGUAUAGACUACGAAGCGCUUCUGGUGGUACAACGCAGACGACAUGGGCGAGGGUUUGGUGAAUCUGCUGUAAAUCCAUCGUGCCUGUGACUCGUGUAGACGGCUUUCGUAUCUAUGACUGCUCAUAAGUAUAGUCCUACGAGUCGAAUAUAAGAUCUCCAGAACAUUUCAACCUUUCUGAAUCCAUAUGCGGUGAGCCGACGGGUCCUGUGUCUCAUUGACCCUUCUACUUGACGCCCCGCUCCAUCUUUCAACCACGAGGAGCAGACAAAACAAGAACAGACAAAGCAAUUGGUGUUCGUGGAAGCUAUCUCUGGGUUCUUUGUGAUCCAGCGAUGUUUGCGUUGUCUCCACGACGAUUAGAUUGUCAUUCAAUUAUACCGUCGGGGACAUAAGAAGGGGCACGUUUCCCGUUCCACUCCCAAGCCCCGCAUUCUUCACCCGAAUAGUCUCGUCCAACCAUGUCUCUCCCUUCGAGAACCUACCCCGAGCAGCUCCCUGCCUCUCGUAUCUCCGGAAACGGUCCCCUGGUCGAAGACUUCUUUUGCUGUUGCAAGGAGAGACAGUCCGAUGUCCCUCCUCCAUACGUCGAUGCGCCUAGAUACACUCGUCGAGCGCCAGAGCCUAUCACGCUGGCUAUGUACCUAUUCAAGUUCGGUUUCCGUGAGUCUUCCUCGGUCCACGGUCCCAUGAUAUAUGCAUGUAUGCUCAACCGUGGCGCCGCGCAGUUUUCCCGCCGUUCUGGAUACUUGGCAUCGCCAUUCUUGUGUCGCCGUUGAGAGCACCCGCAGUCGACAUCGAAUCUCCCUACGUCUGGCUACCAGAGAAGACCGAUGCAGAGCGCCAGAUGAUCAUCGACCGUCUGCGUGUCAUAGAACUGAAGUGGGGUUGGCGCUGUCUGUAUGCGUUGCUGGGACUGAUUGUUGUGGUCGUCGGUGCUGUAAUUGUCGAGCUCUUGGUUCGGCGGGGAAGGACGUGAGUUCGAUCGAUGGGAUUGAAUAUUGGCUCGUGUGAUAUAGCCUCGGACUCAUAUAUAUGUAGCAAGUAGCGCCCGUGUAUCCUAGCCUGGCAGAAUCGCGUAUACGUCGACAGCAAUUGGUCCCCAAAGUCUUCAUCCCAGAGAGAGAGAGAGAGAGCCUUCAGGCCUUCAGGAGUGGUACCUAACGGCGAGGGAAAGGGAGGGGGAGAUUGCCAGUCCGUUCGACAGGGG